AUGCCCCCCUCAACCUACCACAUCACAUCCGCAAACCCAACCCUCCUCCACUGGUCAAGUAAAACCCCUCCCAUCCUCACCGUCCCCCAAAACCACCCCAUAACCUUCGACCUCCUCGACUCCUCCGGCGGCCAAAUCACCCCCUCCACAACACCAUCCUCCCUCGCAGCCCUAAACCUCGCAACCUUUGACCCAAUCCACGGCCCCGUCGCCAUCACCGGCGCAUCCCCAGGUUCCGUCCUCGAAAUCGAGUUCCUUUUCUUAACCCCCUCCACAGGCUGGGGCUGGACCGCAAUCUUCCCAGGCUUCGGGUUGCUAACAGACGACUUCCCCAAUCACGCCAUAAAACACUUCCACUGGGACGCCGACGCGACGCACAUCGUCUUUAAACCAGGCAUCAAGAUCCCACUGCGGAUAGCGGGGGUAUCACCGGCGGAAGCAGGUCCGUUUCCGACGAUUCCGCCGCUGGAGACGGGAGGGAAUAUAGACUGCAGACACAUCACGGCCGGCACGAGACUCUACCUCCCCAUCCGCGUUCCGGGGGCGAAUUUCUCGUGUGGGGAUGGGCAUGCCGCCCAAGGGGAUGGGGAGGUCUGUGGUACGGCGAUCGAGACGCCUAUGAAAGCUACGUUGCGGUUUACGGUCCGGGAGGAUAUGCCGUAUGUUACGAGUCCGCACUAUGAUACGCGCGGGUCGGUGCAUGCUCGCGGCCAGAAAGCGGAGGAUGGUGUUGUGUAUGCGGUGCUGGGGAUUGACUCUGACUUGUUGGAGGCGAGUAGGAAGGCGUUGAGGAGUUUGAUUGCGUAUCUUGUUGCGACGAGGGGUCUUGAGAGGGAGGAGGCGUAUAUGCUGUGCAGCAUUGCGGCCGAUUUGAAGAUUGCGGAGAUUGUUGAUAUGCCGAACUUUGCUGUAUCUGCGAGUAUUCCCUAUUCUAUAUUUGAGGACGAGCCUUGA